UUCAAUACAUGCUAACACGUGGUUCCAACGAGCUUAAUGCAAAGCCAAGACUUAAAAGCAUACUUUUUCAACAAAGCCAACAAAGAAUAAUGGAAAAAAGUAGACAAUUCUCAUUUUUGGCAAAGAAACGCUUUUAUAACUACGGCUUUGCUGUUUGUUUAUGCAACUUAUCGACAAUUCAAAUUACGCCAACCGAGUGUGCUCCACUAAAUGUAUUUGUGUACUGCAAACCAUUCCUGUUGUGACUGCUUUCCGUUUACCUUAUAAGGAACUGUUCAGAGAACAUCACUUUAGCCAAGGUCUCUUUUACCAAUUGCAGUCCUGGCUUUCAGCAAUGAGGUUGUAAUUAAAUGGCUUGAGACCAAGAAGAAUUCACCUUUCUCAAUCCGAUUUACUCUUAUCUAAUAGUUUUAUCGGUUCGCUUUCUGGUGUACAAUUCAGAAUACUCCUAUAGCUUUAUAUGUUGAAUAAGAAAAUAAAAAAAUUCGAUAAGAAUCCUAUUACUGUGUCACUGACAUUGAAUAUUGAUGUAGCUUGUGUAGAUGUUGCAGAACAAAAAAACAGAGAAGUUUUCUUACUACCAUCUAGGGGCUAGCCGUUGGGAGAUGUAGUCCAGCAUAUUAACAGCUCUUCUUUCCAUAUGUUGUCACUUGCUUAUGUUUUGGAAAAGCAGUCUGAAGGUUGCAAGGAAAAUUUACAUUUGUACUUCUUGGAAGGGUUGCACACAUCGAUUUCUUCCAUUGUUUGUUUACUACUCUACGUCACUUACGCUUUCUUCGUAAAUAAGUAACAAAGAGGUAGCAUCUAUUUGGAUUGGUUUUUCUGUUAGGUUCUACCAAAUUCUCAUUGUUCUGUUAUUUUACGCUUUUAAUAUUACAAAAAGCUCUUGUUUUUUUACGCCUCGUAUAGAACUAUAUCGACAUAUCGUC